AUGGCCGCUCAGUCAGUUACCGUUACAACAACACUCACACCCGCCACUGUUACUCUCCCCGGCUCAUCAGCACAGGCAGCGCCUACUGUCACUGUCGCCGUGACGACGACAUUGUCCGCCUCUGUCGUUACAGUCGCCGUUACAAGUACAUUGACUCCUUCAGCCUCGCCAAGCACAGUGACACAAUCCUUUACGGAGCCCAAGUACCUCCGCAUCGAAGACUCGCUGACCAAGUACCCAGCAACCGUAACAACAACCUCCACUCUCAACGGAGUUACUACAAUUACGCCUGCGUCAGUUACGUCUACCGUUACUCCAGCACCGGUGACGUCCACUGUGACUCCCGCGCCAAUUACUUCUACCAUUACAACGACGUUCACCACGAACCCUGCCCUCCUCGCCCUCGCCACUACAUUGACAACCACCACAACCACAACUGUAACAAGCACAUACACCUGCCCAACCAACCAAGCCGUCGGAAACCCCAGCUUCGAGCCCUCCAGUCUUUCCCCCUGGAUCCAACUCUCAGCGGGCACUGUAACGAGCGGCCGCAUCAACGGCGGUUCCGGGCUCUCAAGCUUUGCGUACAAAUUCACCAUCGAUUCCGCGAAUCCGAAUCUGCCCCAGCGCAUCGUACAGCCAAUCUCACUGUGCCCGGGCUCGACAUAUUCUAUGAGUUUUAACUCGCGCCAGUCGACUGCCACAGGCUCGAUCAGUGUGAUUGGGAGUGUUCAGGUGGGAAGCGGCGCGCUUGUGCAGAUGGCGGGAGGGCAGGUGACGGGGGGUUUGACGUAUGCGGCUGCGGGAAGCGUUGCGAGUUUAAGUGUGCCAGCGGGACAAGUGCCAGUUGCGGCUGUGGUGAUUAUGGAAGCGACGUUUUCUGGGUCGUUGGGGGUAAAGGAGGCGUAUAUCGAUGAGGUGUAUCUGACCAGGAGCUAA